AAAAAGCAAAUACAUAAAAUUAGAAAUAAUCAUUUUUCUCAAAGGCAAAUAACAAUAAUGGGCAACUCUCAAUCUCCACCUGCAAAUCCUCGCUUUACUUCUGCUACCAGAGCUUUUACUCAACAUCGACUUGAUGAUCUCAAAUCACUUUUUACUUCAUUGGCUUCUCAAUCAAACACCACUCAUUUCAUAACUCUCUCUGUUUUUCAGGAAUAUUUUGGAUUAAAGAACUGUUUAGGUGAAAGAUUGUUUCAUGUAAUUACCCAGAAGAGAAAAGAUGACAAACUCACCUUUGAAGACCUUGUGAUUGCUAAAAGCAUUUAUGAGAAAGGCACAAGAGAUGAGAUUGAAGAGUUUAUUUAUCAAUUACUUGAUAUUGAUGAUGAUGGUGUUGUUAUAAGGUCUGAUCUUGAAUGUGUUGUCAUUGCAAUUUUGAAGAGUGUUUUUUCUGUGGAUAUUAAUGAAGAUGGAUCGAGUUCGUGUCAGGAUGUUGUUGACAUUUUUCUUACCGCUGCAACAUUUUCGGAGGAUGUUCAAGGAAAAGAUGAGAAAAGUAUGUCUUUUGGGGAUUUCAGAAUUUGGUGUGGUCUUCUACCAUCAGUCAGGAAAUUUCUUGGAAGUUUGUUGGUUGCGCCUGAAUCAGGGAGACCUGGCUCCCAAGUUCCUCAAUUGGUGCAUGGGGAAAGUGUUGAUUCCAGCAUGAUAAUAUUGAGGAAGGAAUAUGCGUGGCAUAUAGGAGGAUCCCUUCCUCAACCGGAGUUAGAGGAAUGGAAACUUUUAUACCACAGUGCUUUCAAUGGCCUAAGUUUCAACACGUUCUUGGGUAGUGUAUCUAAUAGUGAAGGUCCGACAAUUUUGAUUAUAAAGGAUAAAGAAGAUUGCAUAUAUGGAGGUUAUGCUUCUCAACCUUGGGAUAGGCAUGGUGAUUUUUAUGGGGAUAUGAAGUCUUUUCUCUUUCAACUAAACCCUAGAGCUUCCACUUUCAAGCCGACCGGAGCAAACAACAAUGUACAAUGGUGUGCUGUAAAUUUUAGCUCGGAGAGCAUCCCGAACGGAAUUGGUUUUGGAGGACGCGCAAAUCAUUUCGGCCUAUUUCUCUCGGCAAGCUUUGAUAUAGGACACACCUUCACUUGCACAACAUUCGGAAGUCCUUCCCUAUCUAAGACAAAUAAAAUUGUCCCAGAAGUCAUAGAGUGCUGGGGAAUUAAUCAUAAAGGAGUUCAACCGGAAACGCAUGACACCUUGAAAGGUUCGGUCUUAGAGAGAUUUAAGGAGGACCGGCACUUGCUCAACAUGGUCGGCCUUGCAAAUUCAAGUCAAUGAAACCAGUAAACAUUUCUGGAAUUACUCUAUAUAUUCCCCGGAGCUAAUCUUGAAUACCGUUAGCAUAUUCAAGCGCUGGUAUAAGCCAAGCUAGAGUUUUGUUUGAGUGAGCCGGAUAUUCAAUUAAGAGUUACAAGUUCUAGCGAUGGAUAUGUAUAGAUUUCUUAAAUCUGAUUGCAAGCUGUAAUACCACAUAGAUUUGAACUACACUUCAAUUGGCAUAUUGAGUGAUUAAAGUUGUGAGUUUUCUGUUA